AUGACCUUGACCAUCCCUACCACCAGGCUCGCAGGUUCAGGAGACGAAUUGCCUGUGAUUGGCUUCGGAUCAGGUACCAAAUGGAGAGUUGCAAAGGCGUCGGGCGACAAGAAGGACCAAUAUAUCGAUGAACUUGCAGAACAAGUCACAUCAGCUAUAGAAAACGGAUUCAACCACAUUGAUGCUGCCGAAGCUUACAAAACGCACGAGGAGGUCGGCAGCGGAAUAAGAAAGUCAGGCGUGGCUCGCGACCAGGUAUUUUUGACCGAUAAGUACACGCCGUGGUCUUGGGCUUGGAGAAAGGGAACUGGACCCUUGGAGUCUUUGACCCUAGCUCUCGAGAAAAUGCAGCUGGACUACGUUGAUCUUUACCUGGUCCACACUCCUGGCGUUACCCAUGAGACCGCAGGCAUCGAUCUCAAAGAAGCCUGGAGGCAAAUGGAGGUGAUUUACGAGCGCGGUUUGGCUAAGAACAUUGGCGUUUCUAAUUUUGAUGUUGAAAGCCUUGAGCUUAUCAAAAGUGUGGGUAAAUACCAGCCUGUGGUGAACCAGAUCGAGUUUCACCCUUACAUGCAACAACAGUCACCAGGAAUUAUCAAAUACUGCCGCGAGAACAACAUUGUACUCGAGGGCUACUCGCCCCUGACCCCGCUCAAAGCCAAGCCCGGCCCACUAGACGACGUUUUGCCGGGAAUUGCUAAAAAGUACGGGAAAAGUGAACUUGAGGUGUUGCUUCGUUGGGUUAUUCAGAACGAGGUUGUCGCGAUUACAACAUCUGCGAAAGUGGAGAGAAUCAGGGAAUCUCUGAACAUUUUCGACUUUGAGCUGUCCAAAGAAGAUUUCGCACUUAUCACCCAAGUCGGUCGCGGAAAGAAGUUCAGAAACUUCAUGGUUGACUUAUACAGUCCAUUUGAUGACGUUCUCUAUAAAGAUUUAUAA